CAGAGAUGAUGCUUUGGACUGUGUGCAAAUGUGUUUAUAUGGCCACAUGGCACUCAUCAAAAUGUAUAGCUUUCUGUUUUGUGUCAUUUGUAACUCCUUACUGUGCUGACAUGCCUUGAUGAACAGAAUGAUCGAACUAUUAAAAAGACAGAAAUACUAAAGCUGACAUGUUUUAUAAUCACAUUGGUGCUGUAUGUUCUGCCUAUCUGGACUAACCUGUUUGUGUUGUAUUGACAAUUAAUCGUGUUUUAACGGUCCCAUGUAUGGACAGGGUAACAUAUAUGUAUUUUGGUUGAACCACGUGCAUUUGCUUACCAUUUUUCAAUGGACUCAAUCCUUCACUGUCGGAAGAACAAAUCGGCAUGCCCUGGUUUGAAAAGCCUUUGCCCAAUUGAACCGGAAGUUGUUAAUAUGCGGAUAGCGAUCCUUGCUUUAGGUUGACAACACAAACAAACACCGCAUUUAUUUACAAUAUCAAGAUAGGUACGCUAGAAUGUCGUUGGAUGUAACAUUUCGCUUGCGUGUUGCUUCAAUCAUGGAAUCGUUGACGACAUCAGUUGUCCACGAGGUUUGCCAAGUGAUGGAAGAGAGCCUGGAGGCUUUUCGCCUUGAGAUGAAGCUACGGGAGAUGGAGAGGUUCAUGGUUAAACCGAAAUACUGUCUCGACGGUGUCCCAAAUUCUGAUCAGGAACAGUUAACUCCGAUCCAGGGAUUGUGUGCUGAGGAGUCUACUCUGUGUAUGGAAGUAGAGGACUGUAGUCAACUAACACCUGCUCCAGCAGCAGAAGAAAAGGGUUUUGGGGGAAUUUCUGAAGGCGGUAUACUAUCAACAGAAACCAUUAAAGAACAUGAAGCGGUGGACCAGGUCCACAUCUCAGUGCAGAAAGAGAACACUCUGCCUUCAGUGAAUAAAUGCUUGGAUUGCUGCAACAGGUAUCACUGUCCCUUCUGCAAAACCUCUGUGUUCAAACCAACCAACAAGUAUAAACUCCGCAGACAUCUGCAGUCUCACCUUUCAAGGGCUGUGAACUACAGAGGCUACAGCCUUUUUAGGUGCUUUUUAGAGUGUAGUUCAUCAGGUCACAACCACUGCCCGUUCUGCAGAACCAUCAUAUUGAAGAAGGCCGACUUCAUCAACCACGUGACGUCAUGCAGGGCCUCCAGCCCCACCACCAGCCAAUCUAACUCCGCCCCAUCCUCGUUCUCAACCGCCACUCUCUCAUCCCCCACCAAUCAGAAGCGUGGAGCGCUGGUAAGCUCCGCCUCUCAGACUCCUCUCUCUUUCAUCUCUGGCCUGAGCGAUGUGGGUCAGGUCAGGUCAUCGGUGGCUUCAAGAGAGACAAUUUGUCACAAGUGCGGCCUCACGCUGCUCACCAAGAACCUCCGCAACCACAUCUUGAGGAGGCACCCAGAUGGUGGCGGGUUGCCAAGGCAACAUGCAGUUUUGGAGUGCCCCCGAAGGCCGGGGGUUGCCACGGCAACUUGUGAGGUCUGCGAACGCGUGAUGUGCUUGAAGAACCUUAAGGUCCAUAUGAAGAGGAGACAUCCUCAUUACCUGUAAGGUGGUGGGGGGGGGGGGGGGGGAGCUUUCUCUCUUUCACUCACUCACUCACUCACUCACUCACACAGAGAUUAUGUAGCAACUGUGUCAAACAAUCUCUGAAUUCUGAUUUGUUGAAGGAUGCAUGUCUGAGGCUAUUUCUUGCUUGAAAUUUAAUUUGCAGACAAUAAACAAAUGUAUGUGUUACUCAAUGCAUUUGUUGUAUUUACUCCACUUCCCAUGUGUUUAUGGUCAUUUGGCUCCCAUUACAGGAAGUAAAGCAAGUCUAUGAAGUGAAAUAUACAAUUGUGUUCACUUGUUUUGUGUGGUUCGUUGUUCAAAGUUUUUAGACCUCAAUAACUUGUUAAUGAACUAUAUGUCAUCAUCAACAACUUAUUCACAAUCACCUUAUUUCUGUAAUUGAAUCCCUGACGAGGACUGCUACAAGAAAUCUGCAUUUUCUUUGUAAAAAAGUGACUUAGAUGAUGGUGACCAGGGGCACCCUAACGGGGGUAAGAUUAGGACGAUUCCAAGGCCCCUGAUCAGCCCCU